CCGGGCGCGGCCAAACAGGUGUCUCGGAGUUGCCGCCAGCGCAGGGGACGUGCGGGCUUCUGCGGGCGGCGAGGGGCACUUCCUGCUCCCGGAGUCUGCGAACUGCCAUUGGGUCCUCCUGCCCACCGGGCCGCUAUUUUGUUAACAUGUUGCCUUCACUUCGCCGUGGGUCCUUCCCUGUUGCCCUCUUGCGCCUCUCACCUUCUCGCGCGCUGCCUGCCGUCGGGCAGCGACGGUGAGGCGCGGCGGGACCACUUAGCGGUCCUGCUCCUCCGAGCGCUCCCCGCCCCCCUCCGACCUGUGGGUCGAGCGGGACACGCCGGUCAGGUGUGAGCACCUUCCGCGACAGCCAUCGGGCUGCCGCGCCCCCUGAGCGCUCAGAGAGCGGGCACCUUCCACAAGUGCUGGGGGACUUCCUCCGGGCUUUCUUGGAUCAUCAGAAAUACAUUUUCGGGAAAUGGCCUCUAAAUCUUGGCUGAAUUUUUUAUCCUUCCUCUGUGGAUCAGCAAUUGGAUUUGUUUUAUGUUCUCAGCUAUUUAGUGUAUUGUUGGGAGAACAGGAUGACACCCAACCUAAUAUUCUUCAUAAUGAUCCUCAUGCUAGACAUUCAGAUGAUAACGGACAGAAUCAUCUAAAAGGACAGAUAAACUUCAAUGCAGAUGCUAGCCAACAUAAAGAUGAGAACACAGACAUUGCUGAAAACCUCUAUCAGAAGGUCAAAAUUCUUUGCUGGGUUAUGACAGGGCCUCAAAACCUAGAGAAAAAGGCUAAACAUGUCAAAGCUACAUGGGCCCAGCGGUGUAACAAAGUUUUGUUCAUGAGUUCAGAAGAAAAUAAAGACUUCCCUGCUGUGGGAUUAAAAACCAGAGAAGGCAGAGACCAGCUAUACUGGAAAACAAUUAAAGCUUUUCAGUAUGUUCAUGAUCAUCAUCUAGAAGAUGCUGAUUGGUUUCUGAAAGCAGAUGAUGAUACGUAUGUUAUACUAGACAAUUUGAGAUGGCUUCUCUCAAAAUACAACCCUGAAGAACCCAUUUACUUUGGGAGAAGAUUUAAGCCCUAUGUAAAGCAGGGCUACAUGAGUGGAGGAGCAGGCUAUGUACUGAGCAAAGAAGCCUUGAAGAGAUUUGUUGAUGCAUUCAAAACUGAAAAAUGUACACAUAGUUCCUCCAUCGAAGACUUAGCACUGGGGAGAUGCAUGGAAAUUAUAAAUGUAGAAGCAGGAGAUUCCAGAGAUUCCACUGGGAAAGAAACUUUUCAUCCCUUUGUGCCAGAACACCACUUAAUCAAGGGUUACCUACCUAGAACCUUUUGGUACUGGAAUUAUAACUUUUAUCCUCCUGUCGAGGGUCCUGGUUGCUGUUCUGAUCUUGCAAUUUCUUUUCACUAUGUUGAUCCUACAACUAUGUAUGAGUUAGAAUACCUCGUUUAUCAUCUUCGUCCAUAUGGAUAUUUAUACAGAUAUCAACCUGCCUUACCUGAGAAUAUACUAAAGGAAAUAAGUCAAGCAUACAAAAGUGAAGAUCCAGAAGUAAAAUUGGGAAACCUUGAAAGAAAACCAUAAAUGAACAGAGGUAAAAUGUCUAGCAUUGCACUGAAGAAGAACUUCUGCAUUUCUGAUGUAGAACACUGGAAUCCCAGUGAGGAAUUCUUUCUAAGUGACCAUUCCUUAUUAGAAAUCUUUCAUAUGAAUGACUGUAAACUGAAGCUUUAAUGAGCUGUGAAGUCUGUUAAAAUAUGUUUUGAUACAGGUGUGUGUAUAUGUAUAUAUGU